UAUCCUGCUGGAUUUCUCUUGCUAGAGGAGAAACUGACCACACGGGAAAAGGUAGAGGUUUCAGGCAGGGCAUUUCAGCGUGUGUUUACAGGCAGGACUGACUUACUCAGCAAAUCCUGCUCCGAGAAGCUGCAGCCAAUGAAGAGGCUAUAUCCCGGCUUGCUUGGGGGCUUCUGAGUUUGAGCUGCAUGCAGAAAUGUAAGGCAGUGCUUCCUGGUGCUGAUGGCAAAAUGGGACCCAUCUCCAGUUAUUCCUCGGGCUUCCCAGCUUUGCAGAUCCAGGGGAGAACCUACAUAAACAUACUGGUGAUGUAGCCAGCUUUAAAGGCCAAGAGAAUCCUUAUGGAUUCAGGAGACUGGUUUUUUAUUUAGAUUUUUAUUUUUUAUUUUUGUUGGAAGAUGAAAUGCUUCUCUCGUUACCUGCCUUACAUCUUCAGACCUCCGAAUACCAUCCUCUCUUCCAGCUGCCACACGGAAGGCUCGGACCAUGGUGCAGUCCCACCGGCUCCCCUGCCCCCCUCUCCUGUGAGACUGGCUGCGGGGAGGGAUCAUGGAUACUUGUCUGCCGGCUUCUGGUUCCCACGCAAGUAAGCCUGCUGUCAAUGGAGGAGGACAUUGAUACCCGCAAAAUCAACAACAGUUUCCUGCGCGACCACAGCUAUGCGACCGAAGCUGACAUUAUCUCUACGGUAGAAUUCAACCACACGGGAGAAUUACUAGCGACAGGGGACAAGGGGGGUCGGGUUGUAAUUUUUCAACGAGAGCAGGAGAGUAAAAAUCAGGUUCAUCGUAGGGGUGAAUACAAUGUUUACAGCACAUUCCAGAGCCAUGAACCUGAGUUCGAUUACCUGAAGAGUUUAGAAAUAGAAGAAAAAAUCAAUAAAAUAAGAUGGCUCCCUCAGCAGAAUGCAGCCUACUUCCUUCUGUCUACUAAUGAUAAAACUGUGAAGCUGUGGAAAGUCAGCGAGCGUGAUAAGAGGCCAGAAGGUUACAAUCUGAAAGAUGAGGAGGGCCGGCUCCGGGAUCCUGCCACCAUCACGACCUUGAGGGUGCCUGUCCUGAGACCCAUGGACCUGAUGGUGGAGGCCACCCCGCGAAGAGUGUUUGCCAACGCACACACAUAUCACAUCAACUCUAUAUCAGUCAACAGCGACUAUGAGACCUACAUGUCAGCUGAUGACCUGAGGAUUAACCUCUGGAACUUUGAAAUAACCAAUCAAAGUUUUAAUAUCGUCGACAUUAAGCCGGCCAACAUGGAGGAGCUCACAGAGGUGAUCACAGCGGCCGAGUUCCACCCGCAUCACUGCAACAGCUUCGUGUACAGCAGCAGCAAAGGGACUAUCCGGCUGUGCGACAUGAGGGCGUCGGCCUUGUGUGACAGGCACAGCAAAUUUUUUGAAGAGCCCGAAGAUCCAAGCAACAGGUCGUUUUUCUCUGAAAUUAUCUCUUCGAUUUCGGAUGUGAAGUUCAGCCACAGUGGGAGGUAUAUCAUGACCAGAGACUAUCUGACCGUUAAAGUUUGGGAUCUCAACAUGGAAAACCGCCCCAUUGAGACUUACCAGGUACAUGACUACCUCCGCAGCAAGUUGUGCUCCCUCUACGAAAAUGACUGCAUUUUUGAUAAAUUUGAGUGUGUGUGGAACGGGUCGGACAGCGUCAUCAUGACAGGCUCCUACAACAACUUCUUCAGGAUGUUCGACAGAAACACCAAGCGUGACGUCACCCUGGAGGCCUCGAGGGAAAACAGCAAACCCCGGGCUAUCCUAAAACCGCGGAAAGUGUGCGUAGGGGGCAAGCGGAGAAAAGACGAGAUCAGUGUCGACAGUCUGGACUUUAGCAAAAAGAUCUUGCAUACGGCUUGGCACCCCUCAGAAAAUAUUAUAGCGGUGGCGGCUACAAAUAACCUAUAUAUAUUCCAGGACAAGGUUAACUAGGAGGACAAGUUAUUGCUUAAUAAUCUCACAUACUGAAUACUAGUCUGACAUGUUUUUAAAUGUUUCUUUGGGUCUUCAUUUGAUGCAUUGACAUUAAUUUCCCUAUGCAGAAAACAAUUGGAAUAGAAUUAAAAGGAGUCCAACUUUCCCAGAUCCCCAGUUCUAAGAAACUUUUGUCAAACCCAAUAGGUUCUGAGACAUUUCUGUUUAGAAUUGAGAGCUGCCAGCUAACACUAAUUCUCCAUAGUUGACUUGAAUUUCUGAUGCUUUUCUUGCCCGGUUUUCUCUGGUGGGUCCAGUGUUUUGUUGCUAGGUGUCUGCUGAGAUAAAAUGAGGUUGUCUGUAGUAUUUAAAGAGAAAAGAGAUAAGUUUUUUUUUUUAAUUAAGCAAUUCCAUUUGAUUGAAAAAAAUCAACAAAAAAAUAAACACCGUUUACUCUUAGA